GAAUUCUAGGGUUCGUUGGAGGAACCAGAAAUGCAUGAGAUUUGGCCGAUUUGGGGCUGCGUCUGGGGUCAAGUCUGAUGUCUUUAACUGUGGCGCAGACUUGGCCCCAGACGCCAUUUCAUAUAUUUCAUCGGAGGAAUGCGAAUGUGCCUGUCCAAAUACUCCUUGCGCUGUGCGGUCACAGAAUUGGCCAAUCCUUCUCAUUCUCCGAAUGAAAAAGCACCAUAUAUAAGGUGGGUUUUCGGUCUGUUCAUACCAGACAAGUCAUAGUCAACACAUUCCAUCUUCGAUACCACUUGCGCUUACCAUGGAUUUCAAAGGAGACGUGCUAGGCUACUGGGGUCGAAAUAUCAUCCAAGAUUUUGAUGAUGUUCUUCUCAAAAAGCUUCCUGGACUCUCCAGGGCUGGUCGUCAACAGAUCCCACAGCUACAGCUCUCCAAGGCUGGUCAUCUCGUGACGGACCACCCAGUUGGAAUUUUAGGCGCAGGAGUUGGUGGUCUGUACACCGCCCUCAUACUAGAUUCUCUGGACAUCAAGUACGAGAUCUUGGAGGCGUCGAACCGCACCGGCGGCCGCCUCUUGACCCACAAGUUCCCGAAUAGCAACGAAUACGACUACUACGAUGUUGGCGCCAUGAGGUUCCCCCUGCCACAGAAGGACUCUGAAGGCAAUUACAAGACUGGCAUUAUGAAGCGCUUGGGCGAGUUAAUCAACUACACAAAGCUCAACGACGGUCCAGUACCUCUAAAGUCCACACUUAUCGACUACUAUUACAAGGCAAGGACAGGAGGGUCUUUCCUCUACUUCAACAAUGAACGUUACCAAGUCUCUGAUACAUUGCAACCUCCCGACUUCCGCGCCCGAGAAAUGGGUGUGGAGUCCGAGUACGUCGCCGUUGGAGUUGACAAGAUUGUCGACGAUGUCGUUGAGCCAUUCGCCCGCAUGCUCAUAAACGACUUGGAGAAGCAGGUCACUAAGGGGUGGGACGUCAUGAAGGAGAAUGACGCAUACUCGCUUCGCGCAUACAUGUCGUUCAAGUACAUUCCCAGCGUCAACCUCGAACUCCCGCCCAUGCAUCUUUCCACCAACGUUAUCAACUGGUGCGAGACAUUCGACAACAGCACCGGCUCGUUUGACCGUGGUUUGACUGAAUCUGUUCUCGAGACGCUGGCGUUCGCCAAGGCCGGGUCGGAGGUCAUUGGAGAGGUGGAAUGGAAGUGUUUCAAAGGCGGUUCUCACGUGCUCGCCGACUACAUGACGGCGUACGUUACUGCCAACGGUACCAAUGAUCACAUCAAGUUCGAUAAGAGGGUCACAAGCGUCUCUGAGGGUGAAGACACCAUGGAGGUUUCUGCGGGGGGUGUAUCGCACACAUAUUCCCACGUCAUAUCAACUAUUCCUCUGCCGGCCCUGCGGACGAUUGAUCUCUCCGGUGCUGGUUUAAACGUGAUGCAGAAAAACGCAUUGCGCAAGCUACAGUACGGUCCUUCAAUCAAGAUCGGGAUCCGCUUCCAAUCAGCGUGGUGGACGAAGCUUUUUGGUAUCGUAGGAGGUCAAUCAUUCACCGACCUUCCCAUUCGAACUAUUGUCUACCCCUCUUACGGGGUCGACUCUAGCUCACCGUCCACAGUGCUGAUCGCGAGCUACUGUUGGACAACCGACGCAGAACGUUUGGGAGCGCUCAUCGGCACCGGUAAAACAGAGUACAUCGAGCAACUAAAGGAACUUGUGCUGCGCAAUCUCGCAGAAGUACACAACGUCACUUAUAGUUUCUUGUUGGGGGAGUUCUUGGACAUGCAUGCAUGGGACUGGAACUACGACCCGCUCACCAUGGGUGCAUUUGCGUACUUUGGGCCCGGAGAUUUCCAGGAUUUAUACACGGCUCUCAGUGUUCCAAAUCACAACAAGAGGUUCCAUUUCGCUGGAGAGGCCAUCAGCACCCGUCAUGCGUGGGUCGUCGGUGCACUGGACAGUGCAUGGCGCGCAGUGUACGAAUACCUGCUCGCUUCUGGGCAGCCUCAAGCCACUAUUGAAAAAUUCUUCAAUCUGUGGGGCGAGAACCUUGAGUGGGUAUACCCAUCAUCCAACUAUGCCGAUGAAGGGCAGCGUAAAGCGGAUCCGAACAUGAACACCAUGUUACGAGUCCACAUGGCAUGCACAUAUGCAGGUGAAACAUCUGGGGAGGUGAAGUUCUGAGCAAGACGUAGCAGUUGGCUCGGUAGCAAAUAUUAACUGAAUCUGUAACAUUACUUGCCUCAUAUGAUCAUCGAUGACCUUUUUGCUCCUAGGAACUGACUCGGAAAUACAUCGUGUAUGUCUGCUAACUUUUGAGCACUAGUU